GCGCGGCACGUGCGGUGACGGUGCCCGCGCCCCGAGGGUCCCAGCCUUGCGCCCCGCGUCCCCGGGCAAGCAUGGAGCGCCCGGAGCCCGAGCUGAUCCGGCAGAGCUGGCGGGCGGUGAGCCGCAGCCCGCUGGAGCAUGGCACCGUCCUGUUCGCCAGGCUGUUCGACCUGGAGCCGGACCUGCUGCCCCUCUUCCAGUACAACUGCCGCCAGUUCUCCAGCCCAGAGGACUGCCUCUCUUCCCCUGAGUUCCUGGACCACAUCAGGAAGGUGAUGCUCGUGAUUGAUGCUGCGGUGACCAACGUGGAGGACCUGUCCUCGCUGGAGGAGUACCUUGCCGGCCUGGGCAGGAAGCACCGGGCAGUGGGUGUGAAGCUCAGCUCCUUCUCGACGGUGGGUGAGUCCCUGCUCUACAUGCUGGAGAAAUGCCUGGGCCCUGCCUUCACUCCAGCCACGCGGGCCGCCUGGAGCCAGCUGUACGGGGCCGUGGUACAGGCCAUGAGUCGUGGCUGGGAUGGCGAGUAAGCGGCGGCCCUGCCCAGCGGCUGCCACCUAGCGGCCACCGAUGUCUGUGUCUGUCUGUUGGUCUGUGUCUGUUGUAGCCCAGGCCCCCCUAGGCCUUCCUGCAUCAUGGUCCUUGUCCCCUUGGCCAUGCCGGAGAGGUGAUGGAGUAGGGCUGGGUCUAGGUCCCCCUCACCCCCAACUGUAGACAGAGCGGCUUUUCCUUUAGAAAGGGGCUUCGGAGUUCCUCAAAUUUCCUGUAGCUUCCUCCCUGCUGGCCUUCUUUCCCCUCUGGCAUCCCCUCUUCCUCCAGGAGGAGGGGCAGCGUUCUGGUGGCAGAGGUGGCAUGGGCCAGGAGAGUAUGGGGCUUUGAGGGAAUGGGCUCUUCGGUUGCCCUCCCUUCCCACCUGAGCCUGGGCCAAGGGGGCAGUGGGGUGGCUGAGCUUCGGGCACCUUCCCAGCUUGCCUGCCUUCAGUGCUUUUCUCUCCCAGAGGCGUUUGCUUUUCACGAGGGAAGAGGUGGGUCAGCUUCAGCCUUCGUGGUGGAAUCACAGGCAGCAGGAGCAGGAGACCUACUGAGGAAGGGAGACCUGGCACCGUGAUGGGCUCCCCGUGAUUCUCAGAGGCCCACUCAGAUGCCACCCGACAG